AUGACGUCCAAAGGCGAACAGACCGAACCGACGGCGCCGAAGGAGACGACGGCUAAGCAAGAGAACCCAGAUACCUCGAACAAUCCACCAUCCAAGACAGCCGAUGAAAAAGAGAAUCCUAUCCUCGUACAGGUGCUGGCGGCGGUAAAAAGACUCGAGCUUGACCAUGGGAGGCUGAGUCUCCUUUUGGACGCAAUGAACGGGCGUAUCGAGAACAUAUCCUUCAACAAGGGUAUCGUGAAGAUGAUGACGGAGGAGCAAUCACUCGAUAGAGAAUUCCCACCAGAAUCAAUACCUACACCUGGCGUUGGAGAGGAUGGGCGUUUGAGGUCUGCUGCAGAGGACACAACGGGUGUGCCCAGAUCACCCACCGCAGUUAAAUCUCCAAAGCGUGGCGGAACAUCUCGCAUAAUUCUCACCACCUAUCCAGGUCAAUCAGGUAUUGACCCUAUCAAGAUGGACUGGGGUAACAUAGAUCCAAAGGCUAGAGGGCCUGUUGUUGUCAGCAGACAGUAUGAUACUGUUCGAAGACGAAAUGAUACCGAACAUAGACCGGAUUUUACCAACACCGAACCCGCAACGAAGAUUGGGCCUUUCCCGCAAUGGGGCGAUAAGAAAAAGAUAGUUGCUAUGGAUCCGUGGGGUCAUCUUGCCCCAUGGCUCUUCGACGAAUUGAGGACGGACCACCAGUUGGAUAUCCGUCCGACCAUCGCCAUCACUCGAGCGCACAUGAAAUUGCCGGAGCUUGCUGAUAGUGUUCGUUCAGGCAGACUAGUUCCCGACGGGAAGAUUUGCCUCAAUGAGACGGGAGAGUUGGCCGUUACCAAGGUCGCUGUAGAACCAGUCUGGUACCUUCCCGGGGUGGCUGAACGGUUUGGCAUAGAUGAGGGCACUUUGCGGCGUGCACUCUUUGAGGUCACCGGCGGAUCGUUCCCAGAGCUCAUUACCCGAGGAGACAUCAAAGUCUUCCUACCGCCAAUUGGAGGGUUGACAGUGUAUAUCUUCGGCGAUCCCGCAAAAAUGUCCGACCCAAAUGUCAAGCUUGCUCUGCGCAUCCAUGACGAAUGUAACGGUAGUGAUGUGUUCGGUUCUGAUAUUUGCACUUGCCGUCCGUACCUCAUUUUUGGAGUCGAAGAAGCUGUGAAGGAAGCUCAGAAGGGUGGCAGUGGUGUGGUCAUAUAUUUCCGAAAGGAAGGACGAGCACUCGGUGAAGUCACGAAAUAUCUGGUCUAUAAUGCCCGUGCAAGCGAGUACUUCAAGAGAACAGAGAAUAUCGCUGGUGUUAAGAUUCUGCAUUGGUUGGGUAUCACCAAGAUUGAUCGAAUGCUCAGCAUGUCCAACAUGAAACACGAUGCAAUUGUUGAACAAGGCAUUCCAAUCGUUGAACGGGUACCCAUUCCAGAUGACUUGAUACCGGAGGACAGCAGAGUCGAGAUCGAUGCAAAGAUCCAUGCUGGUUACUUCACCAGCGGUAAAGUCAUGAAUUUAGAGGAGCUUUCGAAUGUCCAAGGACGUCAGUGGGAUGAUGUUGAUGCUGAAUCGAUCACUCCGGGUGACUCUUGCACUCUCAAAUACUUCCGUCUACGGUCUUAUUUAGAAGGACAGGCUCUGGUUGUUGCAUCUUUGGGCUUUUCUUGA